AUGCGCGCUUUGAGAUUCCAUGGCAACAAAGACAUACGCAUCGAAGACAUCCCGGAGCCGAGCCCUAGACCUGGCUGGGUCAAGGUAAAGAAUGCAUGGGCGGGAAUCUGUGGCUCAGAUCUCCAUGAGUAUAGCGUCGGGCCCAAGAACGUGCCCACGGAGCCACAUAUCCUGACUGGAGAGACUCUUCCAACAGUCUGUGGACACGAAUUCUCCGGGGUCGUCUGCGAGUUGGGGGAUGGAGUCAACGACAUUCGCAUCGGGCAGAAGGUGGCAGUUUUCCCCAUUCUCACGGAUCAAACAUGCCAUUGGUGCCAACAAGAACUAUACGGUAUAUGCCCAAGCUGGGGGUUCCUGGGUUAUAGCGGCUAUGGAGGCGGAAUGGCUGAAUAUAUAUGCGUGGAAAGGAAGGCUCUUCAUCUUAUCCCAGACGAGUUGUCGCUCGAGGUUGCUGCCUUGGUCGAACCCCUCGCUGUCGGCUGGCAUGCAGUGAAUGUCGGCAAAGUGAAAAGCGACCAUCACUGCCUUGUCGUUGGUGCAGGGCCUAUCGGCAUCGCCAUGGUACACUGCCUUCUGGCGAGGGGGGUCGAGUCGGUCAUAGUUUCUGAGCCUUCUCCUACUCGCGCCGCACACGCACAGGCAGCAGGAGCUCAUCACGUUCUUGAUCCGUCCAAGGACAAUGUCCCAGACGUCUGCUUUCGCUUGACUGCGGGGCUGGGAGUACAUACCGUCUUUGAAUGUGCGGGUAUUCAAGCCGCAUUCGAUGUGUCCUUAGCCUCUGUUCGAGGCGCCGGAACCAUUGUGAACGUUGCAAUAUACGAGACAUCACUGACACUCCAGACACCGAACAUUCUCAAUCGACGUUCGAUCACCUAUGUGGGGUCCAACACCUAUACCCGGGGCGAGUUUCAGGAAGUCAUAGAGGCAUUGGUUUCUGGCAAGUGCACGGAUGAUUUGAUUUCAUGUCAACCAGAUUUCUAA